GUCUGGUAUUUAACCAGUCUCUACAAAUAGGAGCUGAUCAUUAUGAGAGGCCAGGAGAACUGAAAUAUCAGUUCCUAGAGUGAAUACAGGUACAAAGAAGCAGAAGAGGAAGAGGACAGUGACAAAGAAGAGACAGUGAUCAUGGGGUGGGUGUGGCCCCCUUCCUGUUUGUGGAGAGGAGGAGAUGCGGUAGAUGGGACAUCACAGAUACUCACUGCCCUUAGCCCACAUACCCUGUGGCCCCAGUUAGGGAAGGGCAUAGGGAGGGGAGCUAAAUGGUGCGGUCAAGUUCUAGGGAUUGGGGAGGCUAGUAGAGAGGAGGCUAUUUUGUCUAAUUGGUGAGUGAGUGUGUGUGUGUGUGUGUGUGUGUGUGUGUGUGUGUGUGUGGUGUGUGUGUGUGUGUUUUGGGGGAGAGGCAUCAAAGGAAAUUAUCAAUCACUAAACAUUAAUGACUUUUCCAAUCAUGCCUUCAAGGAUAUGCUCAAUUCUUAGCUCCUCCAAUAGCUUACACUGACUUCUCUAGUCAAACUGAUAUCUUCCCUGGACCCCAUUUAAACCAAAAGCACAAUCUGCAUUUGUAUGGAUAUUAUCUUGCCUGUUUCUAUGUCCUGUGGGUAUUUUCUUACAUGUCCAAUGAGAUCCAAGAUUCUCAUUGUCAAGGUCCAUUUAUUCUCCUUUUUUCCCCAAUAUAAUUCUGGCUACACAGAUACAUCUGUGGUUGAUCUAAUAAUUAAAUACUAACAGAGGGAAUAUCUGAACAGAUAACAAGAACUACAGGGAUGGGAAAACCAAGCAGAGUGAACCAAACUGCUAUUUCAGACUUCUUCCUUCUAGGACUCUCUGAGCAGCCAGGGGAGCAACCUCUCCUAUUUGGCGUUUUUCUGGGCGUGUACCUGUUCACCAUGACAGGGAACCUGCUCAUCAUCCUGGUCAUCAGCUCUGACCCACACCUUCAUACUCCCAUUUACUUCUUCCUGGCAAACUUAUCAUUAACUGAUGUCUGUUUCACCUCUGCUUCAAUACCCAAAAUGCUGGCCAACAUUCAUACCCAGAGUUGGACCAUCUCCCAUUCUGGUUGCCUUGCACAGCUGUAUCUCCUCCUUGUGUUUGGUGGCCUUGACAACUGCCUUCUGGCUGUGAUGGCAUAUGACCACUAUGUGGUCUACUGUCAGCUACUCCAUUACAGCACAGCUAUGAGUCCCCAACUUUGUGCACUAAUGCUGGGUGCUAACCAACUGCCCAUGUGCUGGGUGCUAACCAACUGCCCUGCCCUGGUGAACAGACUGCCUCUGACCCGUGUGGCCUUCUGUGCCCACAAAGCCAUCCCUCACUUCUACUGUGAUCCUAGUGCUCUACUGAAGCUUGCCUGCUCAGAUACCCGCAUUAAUGAGCUGAUGAUCAUCACCAUGGGCCUGAUGUUCCUCACGGUUCCCCUCAUGCUGAUUGUCCUCUCCUAUGUCCACAUUUCCUGGGCUAUGUUUGGCAUCUCAUCUCCUGGAGGGUGCUAGAAAGCCUUCUCUACCUGUGGUUCUCACCUCACAGUGGUUCUGCUGUUCUAUGGAUCUCUUAUGGGUGUUUAUUUAUUUCCUCCAUCAACUCAUUCUGCAGAAAGUCAAAGCAGGGAUGCCAUUCUCUAGGUGAUUAUCCCCAUGCUAAAUCCAUUCAUCUAUAGCUUGAGGAACAGAGAUAUGAAGGAGGCCUUGUGUAAACUAUUUGGCAAUUGAAAAACAUUCCUCUCACCAUGA